GCCGUAACACGCUUUACAGUUUAUUUCUCUUCAAGCCUUAAUAUUCAUCUUCUGUGUCAUCAGAUUUUAUCAAAAUAAAUUGAAUGGAAAAUGUCGGAAUUUAUGGAUAUUCUACAAGAGACUUCAGCAGCAAAUUCAGGGAGAGGAGCCACAACUCUUCCUCCAGUAGUGAAAAACAGUAAUAGCAUUACGCCCUCUCCAACUCUCACCUCAACAACACUUCUAGUAAAUUGAAAAGAACUGCAGCUUCUGAAUCUCUAUCGCAUUUAUCUAAAUCCAUGUCGAUGAGGCACAGAUCAAACCUUAUCAAAAUGGCAAGUGUGCCAGAGAAUCAAGAAUCUACAGUGAAUGCUGACUUUGCAACUUCUGAUCGAAAGACAAAUGAUGAAACAGCUUCACAAACAUCCUAUACAGCUAGUGUACUCUCUGGGAAGUAUUCAAAGAUAUCACAAUCGAAAAAGAAUAAGGUUUUCAAUUUGGAAAAAACUAAGAUGGAAGCAUGGACAUUUGUUCUCAGUAAGAAGAAGGCGUUCGAACAUCACAGCAAGUUUUGUGAAAUGUUUCUGGAGUUUCUUUCAAGUGAGAUGUCCGAUAGAUUAUUGAGUUUAUGCAUUAUUUAUAUUUCCAAUAUUUUAAAAUAUGAGAGAUAUCGAGUAAAGUACGAGUUGAAACUCACUGAAGAACAUUAUGAACCUAUGGUAGAAGCUAAACGAGAAUGUAUUAAUAAUUUGACCGAGUUGAGUUAUGCAUAUUCUCAAAUUUUACAGGAAUACACAUUUAGAAGUCCUCAUAAUCUUCGUUUCAGAGAUACAGUUAAAGAGACCAUGUUUUUUGAGGCAUUGUAUAUGGUUGCUGCUUAUGUCACAACUGCAGAUUUUUCAAAUCAAAAGUUACAAUCAAUAAUAGAAAAUGAAAUUGGACGAUUGUUUAGAACAAAACACUUUAGAGCAACAGAUCAGGAGAAACCCAAAUUCUUAACAGCAGAGGAGAGCUUCAAGUUGAAACAUUACGGGUUCAAACUGCCCAGUGAUACUUUAAAAAGAAGAAAGAUUACUACUGCUGUGAAUGCUAGAAGCCCUCUGGUGUCGUCUGUGUUUCCUGCUUUCAACCGUGUUGCACAGGAUAUGGACUUUGCAUUUGAGCAAAUUAAUCUAGACAUACCACCUCACAUUUUGUUUAGUAUUAAAGAUAUUUCAGGUAAAAUGGGAGGUGAAUCUUCUAAGGAAGAGGAAGCAUCUCUCUCAAGUAAACAAUCAAUCCUGAAUGCAAGUGGUAUGGUGUAAAUAAAAUGAUUAUUUCCUCUGGUUAGUUG